AUGGCCGCCACCUCAGCAUUAUCCAUGGCGGUUCCGCUGGUCCGAGCUAGCCAGAAGCCGCAGCAGAUCUCCGGCACCUUCUUCAAGCCGCUUCCCCUGCGGCCGUCCAAGGCGGCUCCGGCGGCGGCCGGCAAGUUCCAGGUCAGGGCUUCGUUGAAGGAGAAGGCCAUCACCGGGUUGACCGCCGCCGCGUUGACCGCGUCCAUGGUGGUUCCGGACGUGGCGGAGGCGGCCAGCGGCGUCUCGCCGUCGCUGAAGAACUUCCUGCUGAGUAUAGCCGCCGGUGGAGUUGUUGUGACCGCCAUUAUUGGUGCCGUGAUAGGCGUGUCCAACUUCGAUCCCGUCAAGCGGAGCUGA